UCGGGAUUCCUGUUUCACAACAGGGAUUCUGAGCAACGAAAACACACAAGAGAGCACGCUCGCAAGCUAAGAAAAAAGCAUCAUUAUUCAUACGAAGAACGAAGAUUUCAUAUCUGAUUGUUCAACCACAGACAUUCGUGUUUGAAUGAUGUCUCUUGUGAUUGGAGUUGAUGUUGGUGGCACGAACACUGAUGCUGUCAUCAUCACUAAUAAAAACAAGGUGUCAUCCUAUGCUAAGACCUUAACUACCAAAGAUGUGACAUCAGGUGUUGUGAAUGCUGUGCAGCAAGCUAUUGGAGGGCUUACAAAGACAGAAUACAGUGCUACAGAUAUUUCUGGCAUCAAUAUAGGGACUACACACUUUUUGAAUGCAAUUUUACAAAGAAAGAACCUUGCACGUGUUGCAUUGAUAAGAUUAUGUGGGCCGGCCUCACUUGCUGUACCUCCAUUCUGUGAUUUUCCUGAAGACCUGGCAAAUGUCAUCAACGCAGGAUAUUAUUUCCUUGGUGGGGGUUACCAGUAUGAUGGAACAGAAAUUUCUCCUGUCUGUGAAGAUGAAGUCAUAAAAACAAUGAGGAAAAUCAUUGAAGGAGGUGUCAAGAAUGUGGUUAUUGCUGGGAUCUUUUCAUGUGUGCGAAAUGACCAGGAAAUAAAAGUCAAGGAGAUUAUACAAAGAACCUUUCCUGGGAUUAGUAUCACAUUGUCCCAUGAAGUAGGGCAGCUAGGGCAGUUGGAGCGUGAAAAUGCUUCUAUUCUCAAUGAAAGCUUGAAACCCUUGAGUAGAAAGACUAUCUUUGCCUUUCAUGAGGCUUUCAGCAGAAUCAAAAAGAUUGGGCCAAAGUGCCCAUUCUAUCUCACUCAGAAUGAUGGCACAAUUCUGAAAAGUGCAUCUAAUAGAGAAGGCGAAAGAACUGCCCUGGAUUUCCCCGUCCUGACACUCUCAUCAGGCCCAACCAACAGUAUGAGAGGUGCAGCCCACUUGUCAAAUUUGACAGAUGCCAUCGUCAUUGAUAUUGGAGGAACGACAACUGAUAUUGGAGUGCUAAUGAAAGGUUUUCCCCGCUUAGCAUCUACUCGAGUGAAGGUUGGGGGAGUGAACACCAACUUCCGCAUGCCGGAUGUGAUUAGCAUAGCACUUGGUGGGGGGUCACUUGUGAAAUAUCACGAUACUGGGAGAGUGACUGUUGGUCCCACAGGUGUUGGCUGUAACAUCAACCAAGAUGCACUUGUGUUUGGUGGGACUGUACUGACUGCAACUGACGUGGCUGUGGCAGCCGGGUAUACUAGUAACAUUGGGGAGGUAUCUAGGGUGGAACACCUAAAGCCGUCGGAUCGAGAUAAAGCAGUGCAGGAGAUUAAAAGGAUGGUAGAGAGUGUGAUUGAUCAGGUCAAGGUCCAAGCGGAAGAUCAGCCGGUUAUUCUUGUUGGCGGUGGGAGCAUUCUUCUGGACAGAGAUCAGCCACUGAAGGGAGCCUCUAAAAUUGAAUUUCCAGAUUACUUUGAGGUGGCCAAUGCUGUUGGAGCUGCCCUUUGCAAAGUUUCUGGCAUGGUAGAUGGUGUCUUCGAGGUGGACGCUGAAGAGAGAGACUCAGCUCUGGCCAAUGUCAAGCAGAGAGCCAGGAGAGAGGCCAUCCUCAAUGGCGCUGACCCAGAUACAAUUGAGGUGCUUGAGAUAACAGCUACUCAGUUAUCGUACCUCAAGGGCAAUCAGACCAGGAUUUGCAUCAAGGUGGUCGGAGAUCUGGCUGAUGGACAUGCUCUAACGAGAGAAGCAUUUGAUAUCUCGAAGCUUGAUGUCUCUCCUUUGGAUGGUCCCUCUUUGGCACCUACUACAGAAGGGCGAGCUACCUGUGUCGGAGAGUGCCUGGACCCCGUAAUUGACGCGAACGGUGAUUGGCUGAUGCAGCCUUAUGACGUUGAGUGCGUUGCUAUUGGUGCUGGUAUCCUUGGCUGUGGUGGGGGUGGUUCGCCUUAUAUUGGCAAACUCAAGGCCAUCAACAUACUCAAAGCUGGCAAAACGAUGAGAGUCAUUCACCCCGAUAGGCUUGGCACGACUCCUGAUCUUCAAGGCGAUGGAGCUGUCAUCGCGUUCAUGGGAGCACCUGUGAUUUUAUACGAGAAGCUGGCUGCCAACACGGAGACUGAGAAUGCUGCUGGUGCUUUGAAAGCUUUUAUUGCGAAUAAAGAUCAAGCAAAAGUGGUCGAGGACAAAGGUGUAACAAUUGUUUUUAAUGCAAAGGAGCUGUUGAACAAAACUGAAAAGUCCUCGCAAUUCUUUAGCGUGGCACUUUGCGCAGAAGUAGGCGGUGCGAAUUCCAUCGAGCCCCUUGCGUUCGGGGCAUUGAAUGGGAUCCCUGUGGUGGACGCGGAUGCCAUGGGUCGAGCAUUUCCAAAACUUCAAAUGACUGUACCAUUUGUCAAAGGGUGCAAGGCCUAUCCCGCCGCGGUGGCCGAUGAAAAAGGCAAUGUGAGCGUUAUUUCUCAAGCACGAAAUCCACAAGAUGUCGAAAACGUUUUCAGGGAGAAAUGCGUAGAGUAUGGUUGUGCUUCCGGUGUAUCCUUCACAUUUACUUGCGAUGAAAUAAAGCAGCACUUCGUGCGUUACACCAUCAGUCGUGCGAGGAGUUUAGGUGAUGCUGUACUGCGAGCCAGGCGUGACAAGACGUGUCCUUUGGAUUGCAUUGUGAGCCGGGAAGGAGGGGUUGUGAUCUUACGUGCAGGAAAGAUUAUCCGCGUUGAUCGUGAGAUAAGUGAAGGAUUCAGCAAGGGGUCUAUGCUCCUCAAGGGUGACGCACAGGAAUCACUGCAAAUCAACUUCCAAAACGAAAACUAUAUCGUUUUCUCCAAGGAAAACGGGGCCAACGUCGUGAGGGCUUGUGUACCUGAUUUGAUCAGCGUGGUGAAUUGCGACAGCGGCGAGCCUAUCGCAACGGAAGAGAUUCGCUAUGGAUUGCGGGUAGCCGUACUAGCGAUGCCUUGUCCCCCUCAAUGGACCACACCCGAGGCCUUGUCCGUUGUAGGACCAGCUGCUUUUGGCUAUGAAGAGAUAGAAUUCAAAUCGGUUGGACGGUAUAUGGAGUUUCCUCCUAUUCCAAAAUUAUAGUACUUGGUGCCACAUUGGUCGGCAAAUCUCCAAGGACAGUGUUGUUUUUAUUAGAAGAGCUGGAAUAUUGUUAGAACAAGUCGCACUUAUUUGGUUGCACGGUAGAGCUAACGUUCUUUUGAUAACUCAAAGCAUUUUUAAUGUUAGUUAGGUUGAAACCAUUUCAAAAAGACUAUAGUUGUGCAGACCACCGAAAUAUCAAGUCACAUCACCUUUUAGCAAGUCAUAUCGGUUAUCAAGUUUUAUUCUUGUCAAGCGCAGGCCUGUGAACGCGCUAAAACAUAUUACAGUAUAUCUAAUCAUCAUAUAGUAUAUUUACUAAAUAUCAUGGUCACAUGACAAUAAACAUAAUCUUAUUUUCCUUUACCGCCGUGUGCACUACUACGCGGACACCCUAGACUAAGCAUCGCAUUCAAACUUAUAUCCGUAAAUCAAGUUGCGUUUAAUCUCGGCCGGCUUAUUUUCAUACUGAACAAACGGGCUUUAAUGUUCGGAAUGCCGUUAUUUUUACAAAAUUUAUGCUUAAAGAUUACCCGCUGUUUCCACGAAAACUUAAACGCCGUUCUUUUUGUGCGCCAUUCCAGUAGAAGGUGUUAGGUACAUAAAAAGAACGGCAUCUAAAUCAAAUUAGACCGGUCCAUUCUAUUUGGCACGCCGGGCUGGUUAUAGACGCCGUUCUUUUCAUGUGCCGUUCCAAAUGCAUAUUGUAGUUUAAUGACAUCCAAAUGCUGCCCAUCCGUGAAAAGAACGGCCAAUGAACGACUUAUAAAACGAAUGUUGUACUUUUCAUGUGCCUAGUUUAUUUAAAUGAGAUGGGUACUUCGUUAUUUCUUAAAAAAAUACGGCGUUGCGCGCGAUCCUAAAAACAGAAGAGAACAUGUGUAGUUCGUAUUUUACCAACAUAAAAUUUGAAAGCAUUGGUUGCGCCAUUUCGCUCUGCGAUUAGAAAACAGAAGUAACCAAAAGU